AAUCCUAGGGACAUUCUUGGCAUGCUUUCUCUGUGCCUUUCCCAGUGAUGGCCAGCCGUCUUCGGAAGCUGUGGUGUCAGGGAUCUGGGAGGCUCUUUACAAGCGGUCCUUUGGGCUGUGGGAACUCUGGGAGGAGAGCUCCAUAGGUGCUAGAACCACACAGGAAACUCACCGUUCUUCCUGGGCCAGCAGCACACCCACGGUACACACCCCUCCCUGACUUAACUCAGCCCACAAACUCCUGGGAAGAGAGCCAGGCCCAGCCUAGCUUCUGAGGAGUGGACUCAGUCCUUCCUUCUGCGUGCCAAGGGAAGCAAGGCCAGAGGCUGGGACAGGUUAAAGCCAGAAAUGACAGCGGUAGUGGACCCUCGCCACAUCUCUGAAGACUGCAAAGUGGUCCAUCCUCAGGCCCCUCACCACUCGUCGGAGAAACCUGUCAUUCACUGCCAUAAAUGCGGGGAGCCAUGCAAGGGCGAAGUGCUUCGGGUGCAGACCAAGCACUUCCAUAUCAAAUGCUUCACCUGCAAAGUGUGCGGCUGCGACCUGGCCCAGGGAGGCUUCUUCAUAAAGAACGGGGACUAUCUGUGUACCCUGGACUACCAGAGGAUGUAUGGGACACGGUGCCAUGGCUGUGGGGAGUUCGUGGAGGGUGAGGUGGUAACUGCCCUGGGCAAGACCUACCACCCCAACUGCUUCGCCUGUACAAUCUGCAAGCGCCCAUUUCCACCUGGAGACCGAGUCACAUUCAACGGGAGAGACUGUCUUUGUCAGCUCUGUGCACAGCCAAUGUCUUCCAGCCCUAAAGAAGCCACCUGCUCCAGCAACUGUGCCGGCUGUGGAAGGGACAUUAAGAACGGACAGGCGCUGCUAGCUCUGGACAAGCAGUGGCAUUUGGGCUGCUUCAAGUGCAAGUCCUGCGGGAAGGUCCUCACCGGCGAGUACAUCAGCAAGGAUGGCUCCCCAUACUGUGAGAAAGACUACCAGGGGCUCUUUGGGGUGAAGUGUGAAGCCUGUCACCAGUUUAUCACAGGAAAAGUCCUGGAGGCAGGCGACAAGCAUUAUCAUCCCAGCUGCGCACGAUGCAGCAGAUGCAACCAGAUGUUCACAGAAGGGGAAGAAAUGUAUCUGCAAGGUUCUACCGUGUGGCAUCCCGACUGUAAGCAGUCCACUAAGACAGAGGAGAAGCUGCGGCCACCAAACAUCCCGCGCUCUUCAUCCGAUUUCUUUUAUCCCAAAAGUCUGAUUCGUCGCACAGGACGGUCCCCAGCUCUGCAGCUUCUGUCGCCACCCUGUCUGAUGAACUCCAACAAAAACCCCAGGCAGCCCACCAGGACCUCCUCUGAAAGUAUCUAUUCUAGACCAGGCUCCAGCAUCCCUGGUUCACCAGGCCAUACCAUCUAUGCAAAAGUAGACAACGAAAUCCUGGAUUACAAGGAUUUAGCAGCCAUCCCCAAGGUCAAGGCGAUCUAUGACAUCGAGCGUCCAGAUCUCAUUACCUAUGAGCCUUUCUACACAUCAGGCUAUGAGGACAAGCAGGAGAGACAGAGCCUUGGAGAGUCUCCAAGGACUUUGUCUCCAACUCCAUCUGCAGAAGGUUAUCAAGAUGUCCGGGAUCGGAUGAUCCACAGGUCCACCAGCCAAGGCUCCAUCAACUCCCCUGUGUAUAGCCGGCACAGUUACACUCCAACUACGUCUCGCUCGCCCCAGCACUUCCACCGACCUGAGCUCUUGUCUCCUGGUGUGCACAGGUGGUCUCCCCUGCGCACCAGCAGCUUCAGCUCCACCCACAGCGACUCCCGUCCCAACCCCCCCUUCCGACACCACUUCCUCCCCCAUGUCAAAGGCAAUGAGCCGUCCAGCGGCCGGAACUCCCCUCUCCCCUACCGGCCCGACAGCCGCCCUCUAACUCCAACUUACGCUCAGGCCCCUAAACAUUUCCAUGUUCCAGAUCAAGGGAUCAACAUUUACCGAAAACCACCCAUCUACAAACAGCAUGCUGCCUUGGCAGCCCAGAGCAAGGCUUCAGAAGAUAUCAUCAAGUUUUCCAAGUUCCCAGCAGCCCAGGCGCCAGAUCCCAACGAGAUACCAAAGAUUGAGACGGACCACUGGCCGGGUCCCCCCUCACUUGCUGCCGUAGGAACUGACCCGAGACGCAGAUCUAGUGGCAGAGAGGAAGAUGAGGAGGAGCUUUUGAGACGCCGGCAGCUUCAAGAAGAACAGUUGAUGAAGCUCAACUCAGGCCUGGGGCAGCUGAUCCUGAAGGAAGAGAUGGAGAAGGAGAGCAGAGAAAGAGCGUCCCUGCUGGCCAGUCGCUAUGACUCUCCCCUCCACUCAGCAUCCCAUGCUCCAUCAUCUAAAACUUCAUCUCUCCCUGGUUAUGGAAAGAAUGGCCUUCACCGGCCAGUUUCCACAGACUUCGCUCAGUACAACAGCUACGGAGACAUCAGUGGCGGAGUUCGAGACUACCAGACCCUCCCAGAUGGCCACAUGCCUGCAGUGAGAAUGGACAGAGGAGUAUCCAUGCCCAACAUGUUGGAACCAAAGAUAUUUCCAUAUGAAAUGCUCAUGGUGACCAACAGAGGGCGAAACAAAAUCCUGAGAGAUGUGGAUAGAACCCGGCUGGAGCGCCACUUAGCCCCAGAAGUAUUUUGGGAAAUCUUUGGGAUGUCCAUACAGGAAUUUGACAAGUUACCUCUUUGGAGACGCAACGACAUGAAGAAAAAAGCUAAACUCUUCUAAGUCCCUCAAGUAAACGACAAUCAGGAAAAGAACUCUCAGUGGCGGUGGUGCCUAGAACAUUAUGCUAAGGCCCAGAAUUGAUCAGAGAAUUCGUUCACCACCGUCUCCAGGCAGCAACGCCAAGGGCAAGUCUGAUCUCAGCACCCAUGAGCCACAUCCUGGGCCACGCGACAAUAACCCUUGCCAAGCAACGACGGGGUAGAAUUUCUAUGUUCCCAAAUUCAGUCCACAUGGGACCUUUUCACGUGACUCUAUGGAGCUUCUUCCUCCUUUUCACUUUCCCCUUUAACCCAUGUCUAACUUAGUGCUGCCUGUGUUGGUAAGAGUCAGCAAGUGCCCUUAGGAAGCCACACGGAGGGGAUGCUGGGAGUCCUGAGUAUGAAUCUAUUUAUUAUGUAGCACUGUGGCGGAGAAGGAAUCCAGGGGCCUGCACUGAUCUGGUAGCAGCUACUUUGCCUGUCCUUGGCCGUCUCCCUCAGCUCUGCCUGGGCUCCGAGGGAGAUGGAACUCCGUCAGGGAACAGGUAGUUCUAAGUGCGUGGCUGAGUACCAGCCAAAAUGGUUUGGACAAGCUCCUGUGUGUGCUGAGACCUGGCUGGCCAGCUGCAAGAGGAGAAAAACAAUUAAGACAAUGGAAAAGGAAAAAGGAAUGAAGGAACCUCCCUCCCUGAAAGCUUUUUCUGCUUCUGAGACUGUGUUCAGCCCUUUCCCCUAUAAAUUGAUAGGAACUGUGUGUCCACCUUUCCAAAGAAAGGAAAGACAAAACAAGUUUCCAGAUUGGCCCAGCUGCUGAUAGGUGAUUUUUUUUUUUUUUUUUUUUUUGCCCAUGAAUCAUGUAUCUCUUAGAGAAGAAAACUCUAUGCCCUACCACAUCACAAGAUCUCCUCCUCAGUGUCUGUCUGUCUGUCUGUCUGUCUGUCUGUCUGUCAGGUCAAGCCCGUGCUGGUUUUGACUAAGGGUAGAGACUAAGGGAAGACAUGUUUUUCUGAAGUAGACUGCUUUCACUCAGCCUGAUGGACAAGCCCGCGUGUGUUCACGUCUGUGUGUAACUCACCCAGAACAGAUCUGUGAGUCUCUAUGUGCUUUGUAAUCUCUGCUUGAGUGUUGCCCAUACUGUGCUGUGGCUUUGAAGUUCAUUUGCACAAGAGCACGUGACCCAGAGAUGGAGAGUGAGGUUCAGGGAGGGUGCUUAGAGACCAGCCUGUUCUUUGAGCUGUAGAGACUCAUGCUGAAUUCAAACUGAGAACCCUGGAAGGAAGGCCAGGCUAGUUUAGGGCUCAGCAUGUCUCACCAGAGCCCUUCCAUACUCUGUGACUCUCAGUGUGAAUCGGAAUGCAAUUCUUUCCCUAAAAUGUGUGAAUAAGGCCACAUCAUGAGGCCUGGUGUGAGUUGGGGUGGGGUCCCCAGAGCCUCAGGAAAGAAGCUAGAUCACACUGAUUCCUCCUGCCGUGGGAUAUGAGUUAAAACCAAGUGACAAAGCACUUGGAUUCACCCACAAUGACCACUCAGCACAAAAUGCAGAAAUUCCUUCUGAAGGAUUAAAGCGACUAGCUGUCUGCCAUACCUGCAGUAACACAGAGCAACACAGAUUCCCAGCCCAUGAUGGGAGCCUGUAGCUUGUGAUACACUUCUUUGGGUUAACCUGCUACAUUUCUAUAAGAGAGUUAAGUAUGAGAACUAGUCUCACAAGUGUAUCUGUUAGUACACUCUGCAAGAAGACUGGACCACUGGCCUAGGUAGAUGGAUCCCACGCCUCUUGGGGAGACAGGUUGCAAAAAUGGGUUCCCUGCAUGUCUCCGGCUUCUUCCCAUGUUCUCAUUGUUUUUCUCUAGCUUCCCUGCUCAUCACUGGCUGCCUCAGCACCAGGCCUGUAUCAUGUGGUUCUCACGUUACCCUGGCAGCAUACAGGAUGGGGAGUGCGGUGCAUUCAGUGUUCACAGUCAGCAGACAUGGUGACCGGGUGGGAGACUUUAUUUAUCCAGUAUGGUGAUAACAUGACCCUCCAUGCUUUUUACUGGUUAAUGCUAUUUCUCACAAUGAUGCAGAUUAGGAAAAUUGAAGUAUUCAGGAAAUGGGGGUGGUUGCUAAGGCUCCGUACCUGCUCUCCAUAAAGUUAUAGUGGCUUUAGCCUGACAUAGGAAGUUCAGCUGCAGGGGAGGAGGAGGAGACAGUCUUCCUCUUUAAGUUACAGAGAUCUGCCUAGGAUUCUAACAAUUGAAGAAUGAACUUCUAAAUUCUUGCAAUAACGAAACCCUGCCUCCUUGACUAUUUGAACUCAGUUCUCCAUCUAAACUGGGGGGGGGGGAGCAUUCCGUAUUAGCAUAGUAGUCCAAAUUGUAUCAAGCAAAAAAUGUAUGGCUAGACAACACCAGUAAGAAUCCUGCUGCUCUGGGGAAGGGGGAAGGAGAGCUGGGAAGUCAGGAGUAUGGCUCCAUUCCCUAGCAGAAGGUUCCAGCCAGGAGGAUGUGUUGAAGGUGGUCUGGUCCUAACUGCCAGACACAAUGUCCGUGACAUUAAAGGCUCCACAUGAUUGACAACAGCAUGGGAGAACGGUGUUCUUCACUCGACUCCACCCUGCUGGACACAGGAAAAUUUCAAUUGCUAAAAAAAAAUCAAUGCGCUCAUUCACUUGGGGGGAGGAUCCUAUGCAGGGUGGACUUGGUGUGUAUAUUAAGGGCUAUAUUUUUCUAGCAUUUGACCUACUUGCGACUUGAUACAGAUUGCAUGGCCUGAAAGAGGCUUCUGUGGCCACCUGGGAGUCUCAGUGUUUUCUUCAAAACUUCUCCAAGAGAGUCCAGGCUCUCACAUCGUCUUCCUGUACAACCUAUUAGAGAGAUGAAAAGCCUUUGAAAACAGCUAGCUCUGCAUUUUCAUACCAGUGUAGAGUUUGUUAUGAAAUAUUUUUACUAUGACUCCUUCAACAACUAAAUAUGAACUGCCUGUUCUCUAAACCUCAAGGAGAAAAACUGGAGUUAAUGGCUAAUAAGGUGCAAAAUAAAGGGGCGGGGGGGGGGAGUUUUCUAUCUGUCCUGUUCUCUGUUAUCUCCAAGUCCUGAUUCUGUUGCCUCCAGCCCAAGCCUCCUCUCCUCUUCUCUCCCGAGACACAGCCUCACCCGUCAUUUCAGUCUCUAUCCACUGUCAGUCACCUCCAGCGGGGAAAGGUUCAGCUGGAGACAUUUCUGAAACAGACUACUUUACUUUGAAGCAAACGUCUCUUUUUAAAGAUUGCUUCACUAAUGAUGCUGUCAGAUAUAUCUGCUUUCUCAAGUUUAAAAGAAUUCAAAUUAACUUCCUUUGAGUCUUUGUUAAAAGAGAGAGAGAAAAAAAAAAUCUCAAGCAAACUUGGAGUGGCGGUCCAGGGCGUGGCGCAGGAGCAGGAGUGACUCCAAGCUGUGCUCUCCAUGAACUCUGGCUCUGGGGAGAUUUCUAGUAACUCUUCAAUCUGUACUUUCUGUGCCCGCUUCGGUUUUGAGUUGCAUUUUUUUUUCUGUUGUUAGACAAACCAGGGCUUUGUAUGCUUGAAGUUCACUGUUUUGUGCCCCCCUUUGAAGAACUUUCUAUGCAGAAAUAUAUGGUCAGGGCUUCGGAUUUGCAGUGAUGUAUCUUCCGGUGGCAAUGGACAGGGAAGGAGCACCCAUGUCCACUGGAACGGGAGAACAAGCAAGCCUUCGGCAUCUACAGGGUUACUGUUUGCAUUUUCUACCCAUGAGCAGAAGGAGACAGUGACAAUGGACAGUGGAUGGCCCUCACUCGUGAGUGUUUAAUGUUGCAGCAAACUCACAAAGAAGGAGGCAAAUGGCCGUUUCGAAUGGAAGCUUUCUCAGCAGACAAUGUGUGCACAGUAAACUUCAGCAGAGUCCACUUGUUCUCCCGGAAGCUUAAUGUAAUUGAAUGACAGUUAUCACUAAAUAAAAUUCUUUUCUGAGUCUC